AUGUACAUUCAGAAUUACUACCUUAAGCAAAUCCUUGCUAAACACAAAUGGAAUAAUUUUUACUUGCACAGUUUUUAGCUCCUUAUUAUGAACAGUUAAGAUUACUGGGUACAACACAGUCGUAGUUAUAUUGGAAUAAAAUUGGAUCGUAGCUAGCACUCUAAACAUAGCCAAGAUAGUAACAAAUGGAAAUGCCAUUCUGGCAAUAAUUAUUUCCUUAAUCAAGACAAUUUAUAUUAUAUUAGCAUUUUCCAUUAACUGAUGUCCAUCCUCUUACAGUGCAUACAAUUUUACCUUCACUACAAUAACCAUUACUGUUAUCUUCACAUUCUGCAUGAGUAGGAUAUUCAUAAUGAUCAGUAACCCAUUUAUAUCCUAAUGAGUCACAAUAAGUAGAUUUUGUUUUAUAUGUUUUAUCACAGUAAAAUUAAUCUUUAUCCAUUAUUAAGCAUGCGCUAUUUAUAUGAGGAUCUAUAUUUUAUGCAAAUCCUGAAAAAGUGCAAGCUUCGCUACAAGAUCCACUUUAUUUCACACAUGUAUUAACAUCUAGAAAACAACUUUAUCCAUCUUUAUCUUAUUAAAAUCCUUUAGCUAUGCAAUAAGUUUAGUAGGGUAAUGGAAAAUUAUUACCAAAUCUUGUUGGUGUGGCGCAAAGAGGCUUUUUAAUGCAAUCAAAUGGCUCAGGAACUAUAACUAAGUUAUCAUUAGUAAUUAAAAGACCCAAUUCCUAGGCUAAACCCUUUUAAUUAGAUUAUAAAUGACCGUACUCAUCUAAAGUUAAACUGA